UGUCACUGCCUCUUCACAACAACUGGGGCAGAGAGAGACGACUACCAGAGUGCCCUAACAUGUCUUUGUAUGAAUUGUCCCUCAUUGUGAGAAAUAUGCCCAAAGCUGGCUUAGUGACAGCUGUAAAGAGAGUAUCAGAGUCAAUCCUUGAUGAAGGUGGUUAUGUAAGCAAGAUUGAAAGUUUAGGUGCGAGAGAACUACCCUACAAGAUGACAGCACAUGGACAAGUCCACACAAAAGGAAACUAUUUUCUGAUUCACUUUGCUGCACCUCCCACGUCUCUAAGUGAUAUAACUGAUAACUGCAGACGAGAUAUUGACUUGGUGCGACCUCUUGUGUCUAGAAUUGAGUCAAAGGCUCGUUUUGAAUGCACCCUGCAUGAAGAGGUUCAGCCACCAUCAUCCAGGCCGGAAGUUCAUAAAAUGAUUCGAGAAGCUGAGAAAAGACUUCCUCCACACAUCAAGAAGAAAUUCCGUCUGAAUACUGAUCUUGGAUAUAACCCAUUUUAAAACAUUAGAUUACAUAAUCCAUUGCAGGUUUAACACUGAUAUGAAUAACUAAAGGGUAUGUAAAUUCUGGUGUAAAUAUAUUGUAUAUAAAUUAUACUCCAACUUCC